AUGAGUAAAGGUAAUUUAACAAACGAAUCUCUUACAUUAUAUGUUAUUCUCGAUUCAAUUGGCAUUGGUCUUUGUGCAAUAGCUAUUUGUAAAACAUUCAUAUUUAUUUUAUUCAUUUUAAUUCGUCGUCAUGUAAUACAAUCAAAAGAAAAAAUUGUUUUUCUUCUUAGUUUAAAUAUGUAUACAAGUAUAUUUGUAUUUGCUUUGUUUAUUCUCGACAUGUUUAUCUCGAUGAUGAAAGGUCAUAUUAAUCCAGAUGUAUCAGAAAUGGAUCAAGAUACACAAUGGUGUCGUAUAAAAGUUUAUUUAUCUACAAUUGCUCUUAUAUCUUCACUUUAUUCCAAUACAUUUCAAGCACUUUAUCGAUUCUUUCGAAUUAUUUAUUAUACACGUCCUUCUUUUUAUCAAAAUAUAUAUUUUUAUAGUUUAGGUAUACUUAUCUUAGUAUGUUUAAGCGCACUUCAACCAUUACCAAUACUUCUCAUUGGUGAAUAUCAAUAUGAAGAUUAUCAUUGUCAAAUUAGUUUAAUAAGUUGGCGUGGCAUGACAAUGGCAACUUUUCUUAUUUGGCUUUUACCUGUUUCACUCACAAUAGUCAUAUAUGUUUGUACAGUACAUUAUAUACGUCACAAUUCUUUAACAUUCACUGUACAACAACAAAAAAGAAUCAAACGUGAUAUGACUGUUAUAAGACGUAUACUCUGGUUAGUCAUUUUUAUAGUUUUAUUUGGAAUGCCUGCGGUUUGUACUACUAUUGUCUACUAUUUAUUUGGUUAUGUCGGAUGGUGGGCAAAUCAUUUAACGUGGUCAACAUUCAUAUUAUCUUUUACCGGUAUGAGUGUUGUACAAACAUGUUAUUCGCCUCAUCUUCGUGUUUUAUGGUCAAAAAGACGACAACAAAUUGUCCCAACAACGGCAAUAACACUCAGAACUUUGAAUUAA